CGACCGUGAAUCAUUUAAUGGCGGCGCCUUCCACGGUUCACUGAAAACUAAGACGAAAUGGAAGGAGCUCAGAAAUCAUCCAGAGAGGAACCAUCUACACUGGAAAUGACCAGUGUGGCACAGCUUCCAGAGAACACUAACUGCCUGUCCUGCUCCGAGGACGGCAGGUACCUCAGUCUGGGCCACUCCCUGGGCUUGUCUGUGUGGUGUGCAUCAACUUUCAUCCGUGUUGCGGAGUGGCUGCAGGACACGAUGGAGAUAACAUCUAUUCAGAUGACCGGGAUGAGUGAAACAACUUAUCUGCUCGGCACUGUUGAUGAUAUGGGUGUUGCCAGAGUCUUUGCACUUCACUCUGACGACAUUCAUCUCCUCAAUGUUAUCAAUCCCAUGGAAGAUGUCAAUCAAAGGAGUGUUUGUUUGUCAUUUGAGCUGUACAAAGGGGGACAUUAUGGAGCUGCAUCAUUCAGCUGCAACGGUGGAGUCUGGCUUGAGAUCUAUCUCUUCCCUUCAGCAGCAUGGCUGAAUGAGUUAGAGAUGGCGCUGGCACAAAAACAGGACCCAAACUCCUCUGAAGACCUGGAUGUGAGAUGGUCUGGAGUUACAGUGAUGACUAAAAUAAAGCCACCCACUGUUGCAGCAGUGAGUGCACUGGAUGGGGCUGUUGAGGUGGGGCAGACGGCAGACUUUUCGACUCACUGUUUGGCUCUGGACGUAAUCAUGAGCCACAGUUCUCAACAAGACAACUCGUCCUCUGAUACAGACGCAGGGAAAACUAAGGAAACAACAGAAAGUCCACGACGUUGCACUCAGCACUUCCUUCUGCCAUGUGGUCAGUGUCCAGGUGACAGUAAAGCUGAUUUUAAGUCAGGAUUGCCUGUAGCUGUAGCUGUGUGGUGGAGUGGCAGCCGUAAUCUUCUUCAGUAUUUGCUGCAAAAUGCCCCAAGGAACAAACCAGCAGACGUGAAUCCCCGGCCAGAUGUGUUGUGGCCGAAUGCAAAGGAAAUCGUCUGCUCGGCUGUUAGUAGAUGCACCCGCUACGUAGCUCUUGGACUCGAUGAUGCUUUGCUGUGUGUGUGGGACAGACGGUCUGGGGCUCCUCUGUGUGUUGUCUUAGUGUCGACGGCACACAGUGCGUUCUUCAGGGUGCAGUUUAUGGAUUGCUGGGCCGUGUCUGCUGAUGCUUCCCAGGUUUUUGCUGAGGAAAAAAUCCAUCUUUUGGUGGAGUGUAAAGGCGGAGCGCUGCAUACGGUCACCACAGGACGAGGGACACAGUCCUGCACCAUGCAGCUCUCUGAAAGGCCAGCAGACAGCAGGGACCUCCCGACUGUCUAUACGGCAGUGCCGUUCCUGCAGCGUUUGUCACUUGUGGUGCAAAGAAAUGGAAAAAUGUCCCUCCAAGAUGUCAUCAAUAAAACCACUGUGUGCUUCCUGACUCCGGCCACAGAAAGUCUGAUCACGACACCCUGCAAUCCCAUUUAUGCGCUCAACAACAAACAGCAAACUUUGUUCAUACGAGGUGACCAGGACGCGCGCUCCAGUGCCUUUUCUGAAGAGACCAGCCAGAGUCAGCUUCUCACCUUCUGUUUUGGAGAGUCUGACGUCCUUAAACAGUAUAUACUUUCACAUCCAGACAAACAAACAAAAAUGUGCUAUGUCACUCUAGAGGAAACCUGCAAUCUCUACCUUCAGCAAAGAAUGCUUUCUGCGGAAGAAAGGAACAAAGUUAUACUGCAGACAUGGGAGCAGCUUCAAGAAACUGCAGCGAUGGUACAAGAAAGACAGCGGAGCUGUAGCCAGGUGAGGAGCUGCCACAGGUGACUUGUCAGACGGAGGUACUGAGAACACACGGUUUAAUGGUUCACGUGUAGCGUUUGCCCUGCGAAAUGUUGCGGUCAUUACAGUAAAGUGUGUAAGGCUUUCCCUUACUUUAACAAAUGUAAAGAUAUAUUGAAAACGAUGUACAGAAAGAGGUCUAAAUCAAAAAGAUAUUCUGUUGAACAUAACAUUCAAUUGUUUGCUCUCCGUGGUGACUGUGGUUCCCCAACAGACUGGAUGAC